AGCGUAACGAACCAGUGAUACACGAGACUUUCAAAUACCACCCAAAUUGUACACUUUUGUCCAUUUUAACAGGCUGUCCCCAUGGCUUCAUUCGGGACCCCAAUGCCAGGGCCCAGUCCCACAUACUUGGCCACUAAAGUCGAGCUCACCAUCUCCUGUGAGAACCUUAUGGACAUGGACGUUUUCUCCAAAUCUGACCCUUUAUGUGCCCUGUACAUCAAUACUACAGACUCCAACUGGUAUGAGUUUGGUCGGACAGAAAUGAUCCUGAACUGCCUGAAUCCAAAGUUUGCCAAGAAAUUUGUAAUGGAUUAUUACUUUGAAAUGGUGCAGAGGAUGAAGUUCUGUGUGUACGAUAUCGACAAUGACACCUACGACCUCAGCGAUGAUGAUUUUCUGGGUGAACUGGAACUCACUCUGGGUCAGAUUGUUUCAAGUAAGCAGAUAACACGACCUUUGUUAUUACAAGAUAGGAGACCAGCUGGUCAUGGCACCAUCACAAUUUGUGCAGAAGAAAUAACUGAUACAAGAAUUGCAAACUUUGAAGUGUCAGCGAGGCAUUUGGACAAAAAGUAUUUGUGGUGGUCGGAUCCUUUCCUGGAGUUUUUCAAACAGACAGAGACUGAGUGGCAGCUGGCUCACAGAACAGAGGUGGUGAAAAACAACCUAAAUCCAAUAUGGCGGCCAUUUCGGAUCUCACUGCGAGCUCUGUGUGGAGGAGACGUAGAGAAGACCAUCAAGGUGGAUUGUUAUGACCAUCACAUCAAUGGCUCUCAUUCUCUCAUUGGAAGCUUCAAAACGACACUGACUGAACUGGAAGUAGCAACACACACUUCCCCUGUUGAAUUUGAAUGUAUCAACCCCAAAAAACAGAAGAAGAGAGACUAUAAAAACUCUGGAGUUAUUUGUGUGAGACGAUGUCAGGUGGAGCGAGAGUUCACGUUUCUGGAUUUUAUCAUGGGCGGAUGUCAGUUUAACUUCACGAUUGCCAUAGACUUUACUGGCUCUAAUGGAGACCCAAGGACGCCCCAGUCUCUGCACUUCAUCAACCCAGAAGGCUACAACGAAUACUUGGCUGCGAUUUGGGCCGUGGGUACAGUGAUCCAGGACUACGACAGUACCAAGAUGUUUCCUGUCUUUGGAUUUGGAGCCCAGGUGCCUCCAUCUUGGCAGGUUUCUCAUGAGUUUCCAAUUAAUUUUGAUGCUACAAAUCCCUUUUGUGCAGGCAUUGAGGGAGUGGUGACGGCAUAUCAGCAGUGUCUCCCUCAGCUCAAGCUCUGGGGUCCCACAAACUUCUCCCCGGUCAUAAACCACGUGGCCUGCUUCGCCCGACAGGCUCUGCAACAAAACAUGGCAUCACAAUACUUUGUGCUCCUGAUCAUCACUGAUGGAGUGAUCACAGACAUGGACCAAACACGCAGUGCCAUAGUGGCUGCGUCCCGUCUGCCCAUGUCUAUCAUCAUCGUGGGAGUGGGCGGGGCCGACUUCAGCGCCAUGGAGUUUCUCGACAGUGAUGACAGACUGCUGCGGGCGCCCAACAACGAGGUUGCUGCUAGAGACAUCGUACAGUUUGUGCCUUUCAGACAAUUUCAGGGAAACAGUGUGGCGUUAGCUCAGAGUGUCUUGGCUGAGCUUCCAGAUCAAGUGACGUCUUUUUUCAACUCCUACAAACUCAAACCUCCAAACACAUUCAACCAACCCGAGCCUUUAUAAGCUGACUCUUACUACUGUUAAACUGAUGUAUGCUACCUCAUUCACUGCUACUCAGUAUUUUCAAUAUGGAGCAUGUUUCAGCCUUAUCUGUGUCCAGUUAUAAUAUGUGCUGAGCUAUCUUAA